CAUUCCAAGCGGUCACACUGCUCACCUGACAUAACAUAACAACAUUAGACAAAUCGAAAUGAACAAAUGUUUUAAAUACCAGCCCCGCAUAUUGCUUUCCCAACUCAGCCUACCGCGAUGCUAUGCCGCCGUCCAAACGGAGCCACCGCCUCCGGGACAAAAGAGGACCGUUGUGGUGGGUCUGGCCCACAAACCCGAUCCGAAGUCGGUCAAGUGCGACUACAUAGGGCCACCGGACGCCGAGUCCAAUCUGCGGCCAUAUGUGCGGCACUACGACGACGAUGAGACGCGGCUGGCACGGAGUCUGCGGCUCAAGCGGAUCGAGGUGGAGGCGUGGAACACGGACUUCUGGACGCGGCACAACAAGCGCUUCUACGAGGAGAAGGAGGACUUCAUCCGCCUGCACAAGGAGAGCGGAACCGCCGAAGUCUCGGCGGAUCAGAUGAGCCACUUCUACAAGGCGUUCCUUGACAAGAAUUGGCGCAUCCACAUGAUGUACAACUUGUCGUGGUACCUCAAGAACUUCGACAUCCUCUCCAUGGCGGCCGGUGUCCAACUCCAGAGGCUUCUUGUGCUGGUCAAGCGGCGGAGAACCUGAGUUCCAAAUUCGUAGAGUGCUGUCCCCAUUAUCCUUAAUUUUCUUUUUGCAAUAAGUUGAAAUAAAACAUUUUUUGUGUAAAA